AAAACACUAAAAAGAGAAAAAAUAUGGAUAAAUGUUACUUGGAUUAUAUAUUGUUCUAGGUCAACAUGAAUGGAAUUAAAAUGUAGGAGCUGUUUCUCCAUAUAACAGAGGGUGUUGAAAUUAAAGAGGUCGCUGUAAAAGUCCAAGAUGUCUGAUUCCUUGAGACAGCGACAUGGGAAAGCCCCGGAUGUACAACCGGAUGCCGAAACAGUCAAUGAAUUUGAGCAACAGUUACGUUCCAACAAUGAGGCAUGGGAUGUUUUCCAAACAGUUGCAAGAGACAGCGGGGUGGUCGCCCAUCAGUGUUUUGAAGGUCCAGUACGAAUUCUCAAAUGCUUCAUCUACGUACUCUUCUUUGUUGUGAUCAUUUGCUGCACAUUUGCCAGCAAGUGUAGUCUUUUAAUGAUGACAACGGGUGCAGGGGACAUGCAAAAGUCCAAGUUUGAGCGAGAUCUUAUUAUAACUAUGCUCAUAUUCGCAGUGAAUGUCUCCAAUGUCCUCACCUUUAUUGAGAAUCUCCUCAAAGCAACAUUCGGAAACCACUUUUGGCCAACGUUUGGAAGCGUAUUUGCAGUUUUCCUCGUGGAAGGUAUCCAUUCAUUUGGCCUUUGCCUGUUCGUCUUUAAAGUGUUGCCACAGUUUGAUAUUAUUCGAGGGGUCCUACUCAUGAACACCACAUGUUUCAUACCUGCCCUUUUGAAGCUCUUGCUCACCAAGGGCAACCGAGGGCCCCUUAGUAUCAUUAUGGACAUAUUAGCCGUUCUGAUGCAAGGCUCUGUAUUCUUUUUAAUCACAAUGUAUCUCACUAGAGACAAAAACACUGUUUCAGGAAUAAUUGAAAUUAUUCAAAUUCCUGCAUCUGGGGUGUUGAUAUCACUCCGCUAUUGGGAGAACUUUGUGGAUAGAGACUUUGCUUUUAUACCUAUUCAAGCCAUCAAAAGAAAUAUCAGGCGGGGAAGAUGCAAAACAUAUGUAUUUGCCAGUAUGUGGAAAAUAGGUCUGACUUUUGCAUUUGCUUACAUUCUAGUGCCUCAGAUGACGGCAAUGCCAGACAUAUUUAACCAUAUAGGAAACGAAACACUUUAUCUAAAUAGUUCCAGUGCUCAACCGUCUGACCCUAUAACUGUUAACCCAAUUCUAAAUUCGUAUGAGAAUUACAACAUCUCUGAAGGUAACGCCCCAGAAUACAUAGACGAAGAAUAUGUUCAAAAUCUUAUUCCACAGACCACAACACAAUUUGAAGAGCUAGUUCGAAGAAAACGUCAAGCAGAGAACGAGGAUGACUAUUACCCGAGUCCCGGUGGAGAUGAUUACGGAAUUCCCGAUGGUGAUGCUGCUAGUGAUGAUGCAGGUGGUGGUAUCGAUAACUACGGCAAUGGUGACAGCUAUUACGAUAACUAUGAUUACUACGGCUACGAUGACGGCGGCGGCGGUACCGGUGAAGUUGAUGAGAUGCUGUUUCGAUUCUUACCCUUGAUUAUAAACGCAAUAUCAGGGGCGAUAUGUUUCUUCAUCUCGAGAGUCGCCUGUAAACUCUGCAUGCAAGGAUUUGGUUUUAGUUUACCUCUAUCCCUAAUAACUCCAGCUACUGUCGGAGCGUUCAUAUAUCUCUGUUAUUUGGAGGAGUGGAAGUCGGUAUGGCUGGGAGAUAUCUCAAUUGGUUUCUUCAAAUGUUCCGAAAGCUUCAGAACAGACACCUUUCCUUGGCAGAUAGGGUGUGGUCUCGCUCUCUGGUGGCUUUCACAACUUUGGAUCACAUCUCACAUUUGGAUGCCUGUUAGUGAACGAUUGGCAAAAGUUGAAAGGUUGUUUGUUCUUCCUCAAUAUUGCGGAACUUUACUCGAACAAUCCUUGGUGAUGAACCGAAGACGCCGAGAAGACGACCUCGAAAAUGUUGCAACUGGAAAAUCAUUACGUGAUAAAAUCCCCGCUGACGUCACUUUGGAUGAUAACGGAUCUAUUGCGGGAUCGGUUUUAUCUGAGGCUGAGAAGGUCAGAAUCAAUGAGGGUGUGAAUUCAAGGAUUUACGUGUGCGCUUGUAUGUGGCACGAGACAGCAAAUGAGAUGGUGCAGGUGCUAAAAUCAAUAAUGAGAAUGGACGUCGACCAGGCUGCAAGGAGUAAUGCACAAGAGUACUUCGGUGUAAAAGAUCCGGAUUUCUACGAGUUUGAAGCUCAUGUAUUUUUUGACGAUGGUAUGAUAAAGAACGAUCAAGGAGAACGAUGCUGUAAUCAGUUCGUCAAAAUUCUAGUCGAGGUCAUGGAGCUUGCAGCCUGCUCUAUUCACGAAACCACAAUGGUGAUAGCGCCUCCUAUAAAGACUCCGACUCCAUAUGGCGGUAGGCUUACAUGGACGCUCCCUGGUGGCAACCUUCUCUAUGUUCACGUCAAAGACAAGCAUAAAAUACGUCAUAAGAAACGAUGGUCUCAGGUGAUGUACAUGUACUAUCUACUUGGGUAUAGACUACUGGGGAACACGGAAGAUACAAUAUAUUACAACCCCAGUGAUAUGCACAAGCGAAACAAGACGUCAAAUGACCAGCUCAGUCAUAUUGCCCAACGAAGCAGGAUCUACAAGCACAUGAACUAUGUCCAACGAGCACAGGCGGAGAAUACGUAUAUACUGACUCUAGAUGGGGAUAUUGACUUCAAUGCAGAGUCAGUGAAACUGCUUGUAGAUAGGAUGAAGAAAAACAAGAAGGUCGGUGCUGCGUGUGGGCGUAUUCACCCCAUAGGCACAGGUCCCAUGGUGUGGUAUCAAAAGUUUGAGUACGCCAUUGGUCAUUGGCUACAGAAAGCUGCCGAGCAUAUGUUGGGAUGUGUCCUGUGCAGCCCCGGAUGCUUUUCAUUGUUUAGAGGCUCUGGUUUAAUGGACGACAACGUGAUAAGAACAUACGCAACAAAGUCUACCGAAGCUCGGCAUUAUGUCCAAUAUGAUCAAGGUGAGGAUCGUUGGUUAUGCACACUUUUGCUGCAGCAAGGUUACAAGGUCGAGUAUUGUGCAGCAGCUGACGCUUCAACAUAUGCACCAGAGACAUUCAACGAGUUCUUCAAUCAAAGGAGGCGCUGGAUUCCUUCGACACUUGCGAACAUGAUGGACCUUCUCUCAGACUACCACACGACUGUAUUGGUCAAUGACAAUAUCAGUUAUUUGUACAUGAUGUAUCAGGCUGUGGUAAUGGGAGCUAGUCUCCUCGCUCCUGCCACCGUUAUUCUUAUGGUUGCUGGAGCUAUACACGUCGUUGUCGGCGGAAACCUCUAUUGGCUUUGGCUAGCUCUCUCAAUUGGUGCGGCUUUAUUCUUUAUCGCUGUGUGCUUCAAAUGUUUGUCUAAAACACAAGUGGCCAUAGCGGGGUAUAUGAGUACAGCAUACGCUAUCAUUAUGUUGGCAGUAACGGUUGGUAUUGUAGUACAAACGGCGCAAGAUUCGUGGACCAGUCCAAACGCUAUGUUCAUCAUUGUCGUGUGUGGUAUUUUCAUGUUCGCCGGUUUUCUCCAUCCCGAAGAACUUCUAUGUUUGAUACCGGGUAUGCUUUACUUCUUGUGCAUUCCAUCUGGUUUUCUUCUCAUGUUCAUCUAUUCUCUCACCAAUAUGAACGUUGUGUCUUGGGGAACGAGGGAAAUACCAAAAGCGCAGUCUUCAGAAGAAAUGGCAAAAAUGAAAAAAGAACAGGAAAAAAGCACAGCCAAGCAAGCCAAGAAGUUACUAGAACGAAUUUGCUGUAGCUUAAGGAAAAGAUGUGGUAAAGCUAUUGAUCGCAAUGCUGUUGACGACAAGCCAAAGAAGGAAGAAAUUGUCAAGGAGAUCAUGACAGAGCUAGCGAGAAUGGAAGCCGGUAAGCCUGAUGGAACGUCUGGAUAUACGACGCCACAACGGCAAUACGGCCCCGGUGGAGAACUAAUCCAGUCUACCAGAGAGUACGAACGUACGAACUAUGAUAGACAGAACUCUGACAGGUCCUCGCAGAGAUCUUUAGCUUUCAACAGUAUAUAUGAUGAGCGACAACGAAGCAUCGUCCGCCAACUCGACAGCAUUGAUCCAUCGGGCGCAAAGUAUAACGGAAACGGAAACAGCAAUGGCAAUGAUUUGAACAGAGUGUAUUCGACUCCAAAACACGCGGGUGGGGGAGAUAAAUAUAAAGAUUCCGAAUCUAUGGUGUAUGGCAAGACAAAUGCAUCCGAUGACCCCUACUAUAGCUGUAUCCCAAAUGAGCCUCGAAUCGAGCGAGACGACUUGGUGAACCCAUUUUGGCUAACUGAAAGGGAAAUAAAGAGAGGUCCUGUACGAUAUCUUGACAACAGCGAGACGCAAUUCUGGCAGAAAUUGAUCGAAAAAUAUCUAUAUCCGAUCAAUUUCGAUAAAUCACACGAAACGAAAAUACGAAACGAUCUUAAGGGACUACGUAACAAUGCCUCUUUCCUAUUCUUCAUGUUGAACUUCCUGUGGUUAUUCAUCAUAUUCUUGCUGAAUAUUGUCCAAGACCAACUGAAGGAGACGUUGUAUAUACGUGUACCUAGACCCGGACGAGAUGAACGUAGAUUUGAGCCACUUAGUGUUGCCUUCCUGGUGUUUUUCGCGUUGAUUAUUCUUAUCCAGUUCGUGUCUAUGUUGUUCCAUCGCUAUGGUACAUUCCUGCAUAUCCUUGCGUCUACUAGUCUAAGAUGUUGUAGCAAGAAGUAUCACCCUAUUGGUAUAGAAGAUGUCAUUCAAACGGUAAAAGUGAUGCAACAGAUAAAGGGAGCCCAAGAUGAUGAUGAAGAACCCGAGCCAGAUUAUGACAUCUUAGGUGACGAUCUCGAUGAAACCAACCCAGAUAUUGUUAGCGGAACUGAGAGCAGACGAUCAAGGAAACCCGGGACGUAUUCCACCAAGACUUUGAAGGGCGCAUUUACAAGAAGAUUCAACGCACUCUCGAAACGCAGUCAGCGGAAUAAGGGAACGAAGAGUCGAGCAACUGUACAAGAUGUAUUUGAUAAUGUGGCAUUUCAACAAGACAAUCUUUAAAUUAUAAUAUAGCAACACAAAAAUUUAACGAAAUAUCCAUGUGUAAAUGAUGUACAGUAAGAUAAACGAUGGGAUAACAUCAUUGGUCUAAAUCACGAUUAUGGGGCGGCUAAGUCUAAAUUAAAGGAUAUUUAUCCAACAGUGAUAAAUAUCAAAAGCCGUCACAUUCCAAUGUCAAGCAAUAGGAAAGCUUUAGGGGGAUUACCCAAUUUAGAUUCUCUCAUCUGACGACACUUUUCCCAUUUGUCAAGUCUUUAGUCUCUAUCACAAUUCAGAGAUCCUGUUUUGUCCUUGUGUAUUGAUGUUCUGAGAUAGGAGCAAGGCUCUUUAAUUUAGCUCAAUGGUGGAUGUUUUUCCAGUUGGACAGGUCGGAAAUUUAGUUGGAUGCUGUUCAUUAAUUCCACCUAUAAUCUCAAUAACUAUUUAGCAUGUAUGGGCACGCCUCUUUCCAGGAAUUCAUGCUUUAUACUUAGUAGCAUCAAUUUGCAUGAUUUGCGGGACCUAAUCUGUUUUUUUAUUCAAAGGCAUUGUUCAAUACGAGAAGUGAAUUGUAUGCUCUUGAUCAGAACGUAAUUUACGCGGACAUUAAUGCGAGUUUGAAAAAAUACAAUCAUCCAUUAACUGCAAACAGAGCAUCGUUUGAAAAUCUUCCCAAUUGAUAUUGUGUAAAACUUGAUAACGCUAAUUUGAGAUGUCAGUCAAAUCCCCAUCGAGAGGUUCAAUUUGUUUGACGAGAAGUCUGAACUCUCUCAGAUUGCAAAUUAAUUUGUUUUAUUCAAUUCUCCUCUUCUGUAGUGUAACUUAAAGAAGCAUUAUCACUAUUCUCCGAGAUGUGUGGAUGGACGUGGCCUCUUUUUUGAAUUGGAGGUAUAGCCCAUGUCAUUGUUUUAUUGUGUCAGUAAAACCUAAAAAUAAGAAAUCAAAAGAUCAUUGCGUAAUAAUAUAUGGA